UAAAACCGCAUCUCAGCAUAAAUAAUUAUGUUAUCCAGUCGUCCCUGGGGAUCCUCGAGUCUCUCGAGAGAUGAUUAGGCAGGAGGUGGCAAUGUUAAGCCCUCAAUUCAUCCAGGGCUCAGAUCGUGUGGGGUGUUCCUCAUAAUUGUCCGCCAAGGCGAGGUCGAAUGUUCGAAUGCGGCAAGCUCAUCAAUAAAACGAACAAGGACGGAUGUCGCUUCUUGGUGCUGCAGGGCCAUACGGAACCGUCUGGUCGUUCGCGUUCUCGCACGACGAGAGGGUGCAGAUCUGGGACGCCGUAACGGGCGCCGAGCGGCAGGUGCUACAGACUGGCUUCGUGUAUGACCUUCACUUCGACCUUGGUGGGAAACAACUUCUCACAGAUAAAGGAGCAUUUUCCAUUGCGCCGCUCGAGAAGGAUAUGCCUGAUCAAGAUUAUAGUGAUGUUCUGCAUAACCAUGCAACGCGCGAUGCGCUAGUAUCAGCUCGGCAACCAGAAAGUUAUGGUAUAAGUCAAGACUCACGUUGGAUUAUGUUUGGCGAGAAAAGUGUUUUGUGGUUACCUCCUGAGUACCGUUCCGGCAGGUCAGCCAUAUCUGGCGACACCAUUGUUAUUGGUUGCCAGAAUGGGAAAGUUUUGAUCAUGUGCUUUAAACAAUCACUCUAUUUCUUUGCGAGGGAGGGUCCUAGGGUUUCGCCACUGUUUAUCUUCUAUAGACACCAAUUGCGAAAUUCUUCUGGCAUUUUCUAGGAUGAUCCUUCUAUAGAUAAAGAUUAUAUCAUAUGUA